AGUCAAGGGGUGCGAAUGGAAGCUUUGAUACAAAUUGUCUUAAUCAAAAAAAAAAUACAUAAAAACCCCAGUGUAUUAAUUAAACCCUUGGCAAUAAUUAAUUUGAAAAAAAAAUAAAUUUUAAACACCAAUUUUAAAUAUUUUUAAAAAAUGUUUGUUAUUAUUAAAUUAAUGUGCUGUGAAAGUGAAAAAUUAAUUGUUUUAUUAUAAAUAAUAUAAAUAGUUUUUUGAUAUUUAAAAUAUUUUUUUUGUAUAUAUUAUUAUUUGUUAAAAAAAUAUGUGAAUAGUGAUGAUAGAUAAAUUAUUUUUGUUGUUGAAAAUUGAAAUGUGAUACAGGUGAAAAACACAUGGUUUUUCUUGUACGACAGUAUAAGUUGUAUUUUAUAAAAGGGUCUUCUUCACCCACUACUUCUCAAAUAUCCACGUUGCAGCUUCUUCUCUCCUCAUGUACUUUUGAUUAAUAACAAUAAUAAUUAAAGUGAAAAAUAAAAAUAAAUAUAUAAAAGAUAAAAAUUUAAUUUAUCAAGUAAUUAAAUCUAAAGUUACGAAAAUAUAUAUUAUUUAUUUUAUUGUUUUUUUUUUUGUUUAAAUUUUAUAUUUGUUUUUUUUAAUGGAAAAAGUGAAGGAAAGAGAAAAAAAAAGUUAGCAACAAUUUAUAGGGAAGUUUAAUAACGGCGUUACCAAGACAACAUAGAGGGGCUGGACCAUACAGCAUCCUUGAUAGGACGAUUUGAGAGUUGGAUUGAGGGAAACAAGGGGGUGAUUUAUCUGGGGGUAGUAAAUGUACAGAAUAUUCAUCAGAUAUGGAGUUUUUGCAGAGCCACCAUUCGACAAACAUCUCGGAGUCUGGCUAUACACUUGGUACAGGCUUGUGCUCAGCGGUGAAUGCACUUGACCUUUUGGAUAAUGAGGAUCAUCUUAUAAUUAAUCGUCAUCAUGAUAAUAAUGAUAUUGGUACAUGUGGAUCAGGUGAUGGUACUGGUGUUACAUUAGAUAAUAUACAUGAACUUCAAUCAAGUCCAACUGAUGAUAUUAAUCAGGAUACUGAUCAUCAGCUACAUAAUAAUAAUAAUAAUCAAACACAAGUUAUUGGUGAAUUUGGAGCAAGUUUUUGGGUUGAUGAUAUGGCGGGUUUUCCACUUCCACCAUUAGAUCUUGAUCCUUUACCGCCGGGCUUAUUUAGCCCUUGUUCAGCUAGUUACAAUUGGGGAUGUACAAGAUCUGACUGCGUAACAAGACCAGUAAAUCCAAAUGGUGAGGGUGUUGCCGAUGUACUAUUAUCAUUAAAACAUGCUGUUGUACAUCCAGCAAGUCCAACUGGAAGUUAUUACAAUUGUUCACCAUCAACAAAUCAUCAUUAUACACAAGAAUAUUCACAAAAUAUUGGAUCAUUGCCAGUUUCACAAAAUAAUUUUACAACUGGACCAGCAAUGUCAGUUAACGUGUCAAUGAAUAUGACAAUGAACAUGCAUCCCGGAUAUGAGGUAAACUAUGCAUCAACAUGGGGCGUGGAACCACUGUUGAGUCCCGCCCCUCAAUACAACCCUAUUCAAGAUUGUCAAACGAGAAUGAAUCAAGCAACAGCCAAUGGUAUCAUUGGUUCACAUACCCCUGUAUCACAUCCCCACGCAAGACUACAACCCUCAAUUAGUGACGAGCACGCGCUUUGUACAUCACUUAAUAAUAAUAACAAUAAUAAUAAUAAUAAUAAUAAUUCAACACAAAGUGUUAUUCAAGAUGACAAUGGAAGACCAAAUUUAUGUAGAAUAUGUGGAAAAACUUAUGCAAGACCAAGUACACUCAAGACACAUUUAAGAACACAUUCUGGAGAAAAACCAUUUAGAUGCCAUGCGUGUUCGAAAGCAUUUAGUCAAGCUGCUAAUUUAACAGCUCAUGCGAGAACUCAUUCUGGUGAAAAACCAUUUAGAUGUCCGGUAUGUGAUCGAAGAUUUUCUCAAAGUAGUUCAGUCACAACGCACAUGAGAACUCAUUCGGGCGAACGACCUUAUAGAUGUAGAUUUUGCAAAAAAGCAUUUUCUGAUAGUUCAACUUUAACAAAACAUCUUCGCAUACAUUCAGGCGAAAAGCCGUAUCAAUGCAAAUUGUGCUUAUUGCGUUUUAGCCAAAGUGGUAAUUUAAAUAGGCACAUGAGAGUACAUGGUGUCUCUUUAACGUGACAUACUAUGGAUAAAUAUGUUACAUUUAAUGAAUUUUCAUACGAUAGAAUACCAAUUGUCUGUGUUUAAUUUCAAUUUUAAAUCAAAGAUAUAUAUAUAAUUAGAUUAAUUUUUUAAAAAAGUAAAAAAAAAAUUGUCAAAAUAAGCUUGACAGUAAAAUGUUGAAAAAAAAAUUUUUAUUUGUUUUAUUAUAUAAUUAAUAUAUAUUGUGUUUGAAUAUAUAAUUUUUAAUUAAUAUUAUUAUUUAUAAAUUAAUUAAUUAUUUCAAAUGCUCAGAGGCGAUAAAACACCAUUUUUAAAUUUGUAAAAAAAUUAAUAAUAUAAAAAAAUUUAUGGUGUUAAUCGCAAUAAACAAAAUUUUAAUGACCAAAAUUCAUUUGUCAAAAUAACCAGCUAAUUAUUCCCAAAGCACCAUUGAUUGUACAAAUGUUGUAUUUAAAAUAAUUAUGUUAAUUAUAAUUAUUGUUGAUUAAUAUUUAAGACAUUUUAUUGUCUUAUUAAUAUAAUAUUUAUUUUCCAUUUAUCAUUUAUUUUAUUACAGUAUUUUUCGUUUUGUAGAAAUAAUUUCUAAGAAAUUUCUCAUCCAGAUUUCGAUUUUCGAUCCAACAGUCUACGUAAGUUUUUCCAUACAAAUAAUUUUUAACUUAAAUAUGAUUUAAAAAAAUAAUAAUAACAACAACAAUAUACUGUAAUAUUGGGAAAAUUAUUUUUUAUUUUACAGUCAACACCAGUAGAAAUAAAUUAUACAUUUAAUGAAGGAGAGAAAAAAAAAUUAAAAUAGAGAAGAAGAAAAAACAACAAUAUGACGAAAGAAAAUAAAGGUAAACUAUAUAAUAUAUAUGUCUACGUGAAUAACAUAAUGAUAAUAAUAUUAAUGAUGUAUUAAUGACAACAUGAUAUAAACAAU